CGACGGGGAUUGUUUUGCACUCUUCAGACUUCCUCCUCCUGCGAGUUUAAUAAACAAAACACAUUUGUUUUUUCUCCCGUCCGAGCCGCCGCACUGUCACCUUGUCACCCCGCAAGCCUGCAUGCAUUGUCGGAUCCCAGCUCCCGUUUUUAACCGAGGCCGCGGGGGAACGGGUUCCGAUUCAAAGGAGAGAGACGCGGGUAACCGGGCUCCGCUGCAACAGACCACAGGCUGUGUUGUCUUUGUCCGAGCCGUCUGCGCGUGGUCGACCACGAGCCGCAUUGUACCUGCUUUGAAUUAGAUGGUUUUGUUAAGCUGUCACUCAUAUUGGUCCGCCGUGUAGCCCGCGAGGAGCUUCUAUCAGACAUGGUGAAGCUGACAAAGGCCAAGACGUUCCAGGCGUAUCUGGACUCGUGCCACCGUCGCUACAGCUGUGUGCAUUGUCGCGCCCAUCUGGCAAACCAUGACGAUCUCAUCUCCAAGUCUUUCCAAGGCAGUCAAGGCCGAGCCUACCUCUUCAACUCUGUAGUGAACGUCGGCUGUGGUCCUGCGGAGGAGAGGCUGCUGCUCACAGGACUUCACGCUGUCGCCGACAUCUACUGUGAAAACUGUCACACCACGCUGGGCUGGAAAUAUGAACAAGCCUUUGAGCUGAGCCAGAAGUACAAGGAGGGGAAGUUUAUCAUCGAGCUGUCCCACAUGAUAAAGGACAACGGCUGGGACUGAGAAGGACAUUUUCAUCUUUCUUCAUGACUUUGUUUUCAAAGGUUGCAUCCCCCUUCGACUUAAAAAGGGUUCCAGUGUAGCUUCCUCAUCCCGCGUACGAGCCAUCGCCGUGUCACACUUUCACUUCGUGCGGCUUCGCAAAGAAUAGCAUGUGAUGCCGUAUCUUUUUCUGCUCUUCGUGUUUUUUUUCCAGCGACCACCACAACAACACAUUUGCUGAUCUUGCUAUCCAGAUUGCUGGUUGUGCUGGGAACGUGGACUGAAUGAGUGCAGGGUGUGUGUGUGUGUGUGUGUGUGUGUGUGUGUGUGUGUGUGUGUGAAAGGCUGGGAGACAUAGUCACACAGGCAGGAGUGCUUGUUGGAUUUUAAAGCGUGUGUUUGAGUGAUGAGCACUAAACAGUCUCGCUGUGUGGGGACGAGGCCACUGCAAAUAAUCUGACCUUCUUACAUAUCGGAUGCAGUUAUCUUUUUGAGUUUAAGGUGGACAUUUAGACCAAUCUGGCCCAAACUGAGUAAAGUAUAUCGGCCUGUUUCACCUGUAGAUCACUUCUGAGUGAUGACAGGGUGGGAAUGCUUAAAGCAGUAAGAGUUUAUUUUUUAUUUUUUAUCGGUGACAUUCAUGUUUUUAUGGUAAGAUCUGAAACACUUGUUCAUAUUUAGCUAAAGGCAAUCAGGAUGUUGAAUUAGUGACGUUAAUUAAAGCCCACAAAAGUCUCCUGCAGGAAUUCUUAAAUCUGGUAUGAGUGUCUUCUGCUUGUAGGUAUACAUUUUAGAGUGUGUGUGUGUGUGUGUGUGUGUGUGUGUGUGUGUGUGCGUGCGCGUUGAGAUGUCUUUAGCCGGAUGGUGUUGUCAAGCAUUAGCCUGGGGUUCACAUCUAGAGUUUCCGCUGCACAGUCGAGAUAUCUUCACUUUUACUCAAUGCUGAUGAGAUCUAUCCCACGUGUGUGUGUGUGUGUGUGUGUGUGUGUGUGUAGCCUAACACGGAGCUGCCCUACCGAUGCAUUUACUCAAUCGUGUUAGAGCAAAGUGUGGUUAGGAUUAUGUAGCAUAUUUAUGGUGAUUAUGUUUUUUGUUUUUUUUAAAUGUCUGCUUCUUUCAUUAAAUGUGUAUUAUUUUAACCUAAUCUUUCAUUAAAAUACAGUGUGUCUGUAA